CCCUCCCCCCUUUGGGCUGGAGGCUCCGGUUUAUCUGGGAUCAGCAGGGAAAGGCACUCGGGAACGUCGCGUCCGAGCGGAGAAAGCGUGUUAAUAGGAACUGUGGGGAUCCACUCGUCUUCUUCCAGCCGGAGGAACGGACGAGCGCCAUGGCCGUGUUCUCAGCUCUGGGGUUUCUUUUCCUCUGCCAGCUUUUGGCUUCAUCCCUCGCUCAGUCACCUGGAGCUCGUGGACCACCUGGACCUCCAGGACUCCCAGGGAAAGAUGGCACUGAUGGAAAGCCAGGACCGCCCGGACUUCCUGGAAAGCCUGGACCUAAAGGGAAAGCUGGAAUCUCAGGGAAGGAAGGGAAAUCUGGACUGCCUGGACUUCCCGGGAUCGACGGUUUGCCAGGUCCUGACGGGCCUCAGGGGAAGGCGGGACCUCCGGGACCACUCGGCGAUCCAGGACCUGCCGGACCGCCUGGACCUCCUGGCAGAGGGAGACCUGGAGCUCCUGGGCUGCCUGGAGCUAAUGGAUUGCCAGGUGGUGUAGGACCUCAGGGACCCCCAGGACCAGAAGGUCUUCCAGGACUUCCGGGUCUUCCGGGUCCAGACGGGCCGCCUGGACUACCCGGAGCACUUCCUGAGGGAAACGGAGACGUACUGUGUCCCGCUAUCUGUCCACCGGGACCCCCGGGGCCUCCCGGAAUGCCCGGUUUCAAGGGACACACUGGACACAAAGGAGACAAAGGAGAGUUUGGGAAAGAUGGAGAGAAGGGUAAACAAGGCCCACCCGGGCCCCCUGGAAUCCCAGGAACUGUCGGUCUACAGGGGCCUCGAGGUUUGAGAGGACUUCCAGGUCCACUGGGAUCCGUCGGCGACAGAGGUUUUCCAGGUUUUCGGGGCAAGCCUGGUAUUCCUGGUGUCGUUGGAAAAACAGGUGACGCCGGAGAGAAAGGACCCGUGGGCUUUAAAGGACCUAAAGGAGAAAUUGGAAAAAUAGGCCCUAAAGGUCUGCCUGGACCUCCAGGCCUGAAAGGAGAACCUGGCAUGCCAGGCAGAGAUGGCAAAGACGGCACUCACGGAUUCGAUGGUGAAAAAGGUGAUGGUGGACGGCUGGGAGUUCCCGGAGAGAAAGGGCCUAACGGUUUACCUGGUUUGCCAGGAAAGGCUGGAGUGAAAGGUGUCAAAGGAUUUGUUGGUGAUCAAGGAAUGAUGGGAGAAGCAGGACCAGCCGGAGAACCAGGUAUUCCUGGUGAGAUUGGCAUUCCAGGAGAAAGAGGUGAAGCAGGACCCAGAGGCAUCGCUGGAGGCAUCGGCCUAACUGGAAAUCCAGGACCUCAGGGAGUCAAAGGAUUCCAGGGAAUUAAAGGUGCUAUUGGAGAGCCCGGUCUUCCGGGUCCAACCGGAUUCAGAGGAGACUUUGGAGAGAGGGGUCCAACAGGAGCUUCAGGACCGAAAGGCGAAAUUGGAAUGGCUGGAAGUGACGGCUUGCCUGGAGAGAAUGGAGAAACAGGUCCAUUUGGUCCUCCUGGCCAAAAAGGAGGGCCUGGGAAGCAUGGGGAGCUGGGUCCUAAAGGAGUAACAGGGCCACAGGGGGAGACUGGAGCAAGAGGGUUACCUGGAAAACCUGGUUUGAUGGGCUUCCACGGAGAACCGGGCCCUCCUGGUGUCGCUGGAAAGACUGGUGUAUCUGGAAAACUGGCGAGCGAACAACAUAUCAGAGAACUGUGUGGCUCAAUGAUCGAUGCCCAGAUUGCCCAGCUGGCUGAUCGUCUGAGGAGGCCGUUAGCUCCGGGAGCUGUGGGUCGACCGGGUCCGGCUGGACCUCCUGGAAACCAAGGAGAAGCAGGAGCGAUGGGACUUCCUGGAGCUCCCGGUCCGCCAGGAUACAGAGGACUUCCAGGAGAUCUUGGCGAUCCUGGUCCUAGAGGUGAUUUCGGUGAACAGGGUGAUAAGGGGCCUGUUGGAAAAGCCAUUGAUGGGCCAGUUGGAGACCAAGGAGAACCAGGUCUCCAAGGAGUACACGGCAUUGUUAAAGACGGACGCGACGGCGCACCUGGAGAUCCAGGUAAGCCCGGAGAACCGGGCAGGGCGGGCAGCACGGGGCAUCAAGGACCCCCAGGAAUCUGCGACACAACAGCCUGCCAGGGCGCAGUGCCUCACGGGAAAUCAUCCAACCCUAAAAACCAUUAAACAUCGACGCCUUCGUCUUUUAAAUACACUCCUGCACCCCAAGGAACGAAGAACAAACGAUUUUUUUUUUUUUUUUUUUUUUUUUUAAUCUGGGGGAGGGGUGAGAAAAAAUGACUGAUCAUCUUUGGAGAACUGCAAAUGUUGAAUAGGAUGAACAGGAACGAGAUGAGAGACCUUCAAGCCGAGACUUGACCGAUGACAUCUAACGAGCAAGAGCUUGAAGUACCAAUUUGUGUAGAUGUGUUUAAAAAAAAAAAAAAAAAAAAAAAAAAGUGGGAAAAAAAUUACUGAAAUGAUUACUGAACUGGUCAGAUAUGCACGUGUGCGUUAAAACAAAAAACAAACAGUUACUCUUUUCAGUGUCUGUUAGCAUAAAAUCUCUGUGUACAGAAUACUGUAAUGCAACAAGUGUGACUUUCCUGUCAUAAAAAACACACACACACACACACACACACACAAAAGUGGUUCUUUUGGACUGAAAAGAACAAAUUCAUCCUCAAAAUCUGUUGGAGAAAAUGAGAACUCGUCAUCUCUGACACCGGAGCGUCACUCAGUAUGUUGAAUAAUGUUGUAUAUUACUUUUCAGUACUUUUUUUUUUUUUUUUUUUAAAAAGCAGAUUGUCAAUCUGUUUGUAUUGUUUCAACUAUUUUUUACAAAAAUUGUGUUUGAUAACAUCCCAAUUUGACAUAAAAUAAAAUAAAAACAACCCUGAAAGCAUCA